AUGGCAAAGGGUUUUGAACUUCCUGAAUAUUAUCUACGUGGUGGUCGGAAAGUUAACCUUACAUCGGGGAAGCAGGUAGUUGGGGAAGAAAGAGCAUCCAGCCAUUCAUUGCCAAAUGCUGUUAACCAUGAUCUGGGUGCUAGACCUAAUUCCAUUGCAGGUUCUGCAUCUUAUUGCAUGGAUGCAGCAGAAAUAAAUAUUGUGGGUGAUCGAUAUGAAAAUGGUCUUUUUUCAAGCUCAUUGUCAGAUUUAUUUGCUAGAAAGUAUGAUGCACCUUAUGGUCAUUCUGUUGGUGGUACUGCAUCACACUAUAAAGAAGAGGAACCUUUUGAAUCCCUUGAAGAAAUUGAAGCCCAAACUAUUGCUAAUCUUCUUCCCGAUGAUGAAGACUUGUUUUCUGGUGUGACUGAUGGGUUUGGUUGCAUUGCACGGCCUAACAAGGGGGAUGAUGUGGAAGAUUUAGACCUGUUUAGCAGUGUAGGAGGACUGGAGUUAGGAGAAGAUGGUUCCUUGCAAAGAAAUUCCAAAUUUCCUGGUGUACAUUCAGUUAAUCUGCAGACGAAAUGUCGUUUUGAUGGUGGGGAGCACCCUUCUAGAACACUUUUUGUGAGAAAUAUUAACGGCAACAUUGAAGACUCUGAAUUACGAACCCUUUUUGAGCAAUAUGGAGAUAUCUGCACUCUAUAUACAGCAAGCAAGCAUUGGGAUUAUGUUAUGGUAUCAUAUUAUGAUAUAAGAGCAGCCUGUAAUGCUAUGAAAGCUCUCCAGUCUAAGCCACUAUGGCACAGGAAACUUGACAUACAUUUCUCAAUUCCAAAGGAAAAUCCAUGUGCAGAAGACAUUAAUCAGGGUAUUCUUGUGGUUUUCAACCUUGACUAUUCUAUGUCAAACGAUGAACUCCGCCAAAUUUUUGGUGUCUAUGGCAAGAUUAAGGAGAUCCGUGAGACUCAGAAUAGAAGUAAUCACAAAUUUAUAGAAUUUUAUGACGUUAGAGCUGCAGAUGCUGCUCUUCGUGCAUUAAAUGACAGUGGCAUUGAGGGAAAGUGUGCUAUACUCGAUCCAAGCCGACCUGACAGCUCCAGAAGAAUAAUGCAGAAGUUUUCAUCAAAACUGGACCAAGAAGAAUUUGGCCUUAAAUUGCAGCGGGAUAGCCCUCCUAUACACUUAACUGAAUUUUCUGGGCCAUUUUUGCUCGGGGGAAUCACCUCUAGUAUUGAAAGUGGAACUAUAAUGGAUGCACACUCGACAAAUGGAGUCCCUGUAAACCCAUUAUUGGAUAAUAUGUUUCACCAUGGCGUAUCUUCUAGUGUUCCUGAUGCCAUACGCUCUUUGGUAAGGGUGGGAUCAAUUGGAUGUCAAUCUAAUGUCAAUGAAUCUGGUCAUGCACAGAGCCAUCUGAAGUUUGAACUCGGAGGCACACCGUAUUUUCAUCCCCAUUCACUUCCAGACUAUCACAGGGAUUUAUCUAGUAGGCCUUCUUGUGAUUCUCCUGGUAAUAUCACUGCAAACAUUAGUGUCAUACGACAAGAAAUGAUGGAAAACCAGCAAUUUGGUGGAGUUAGCUCUAACGGGCAGCAAAUUGAUCUAAAUGAUGAUGGUGUUUUUAGUUCCUCUGGAACUGGGAGCUGCCCUCUUCCUGGGUGUAACUGCAUGUGGAGUACUUCACACUAUCCUCAGCCUAAAGGCAUCGUGUGGCCAAACUCACCAUCAUUUGUCAAUGAGAUUGGCAAUGCUCACCCCCAUCAAUUGCAUGCAGUUCCUAGAGCACGAUCUCACAUGCUGAAUGGACUUCUACCUAUAAAUAACCUCCAUGUGGGAUCAGCACCAUCAUUCAAUCCUUCUCUGUGGGAUAGACAGCGCACUUACGUCAGUGUAUCUCCUGAUUAUACUGUGUUCCACCCAGGUUCUCUUGGGAAUAUGAGGAUUUCUGGUCAUUCAUAUCCUCCCAUGGAAUUUGGUCACCAUAAUAUCUUUCCUUCCGCUGGGGGAAAUUUCGUAGACCUUCCCAUUCCUUCCAAAAGUUUUGGACUGCACUCCCAUCAUCAGAACUACACGAUGUUUCCUGAAAGAGGCCAAAUGAUUCCCAUAAUCAGUUCAUUUGAUUACCCAACUGAACAAACCAGAAGCCGUCGGAAUGAAGGCAGUUCGAGUCAAACUGACAACAAGAAACAGUUUGAGCUUGACAUAGGCCGAAUUGCACAAGGAGAAGACAAGCGGACAACAAUUAUGAUAAAGAAUAUCCCUAACAAGUACACCUCAAAGAUGCUUUUGGCUGCAAUUGAUGAACGUCAUCGUGGGACAUAUGAUUUCAUUUACUUACCCAUUGAUUUUAAGAACAAAUGCAAUGUUGGUUAUGCAUUUAUAAAUAUGAAUGAUCCAUCGCUCAUUAUUCCUUUUUAUGAGACAUUCAAUGGAAAGAAAUGGGAAAAGUUUAACAGUGAAAAAGUGGCAUCCCUGGCAUAUGGUCGUAUACAAGGAAAAGCUGCACUCGUUGCCCACUUCCAGAAUUCAAGCUUGAUGAAUGAAGACAAGAAAUGUCGCCCUAUACUCUUCCAUAGAGACGGUCCCAAUGCGGGUGAUCAGGUUCCCUUCCCAAUGGGCAAUAAUUUUCGUCCAAAAUCUAGCAAAAAUCGGGCCUGCACCACUGAGGAAAACUAUCAAGAAAUCAUAUCAAAAUCAGUGAAUGGGAAUGAAUAUAACAAUGGAGACUCAUCUUCAGGUUUAGGAAAGGAUUCAGAUUGA